AACAUUGCUCUUUACCAAUGCUGGAAUGAAUCAGUUCAAGUCAAUUUUUUUGGGCACCGUGGAUCCUAAUUCCGAUUUUGCAAAUUUGAAGAGUGCAGUGAACUCCCAAAAGUGCAUUCGUGCAGGUGGCAAACACAAUGACCUCGAUGACGUGGGAAAAGACAGUUACCAUCAUACCUUCUUUGAGAUGCUUGGUAAUUGGAGUUUCGGAGAUUAUUUCAAAGACGAUGCUAUUCGUUAUUCCUGGGAAUUGUUGACCAAAGUCUACGGCCUAGAUCCACAACGUCUUUAUGUCACCUAUUUCGAAGGGAACAAAGAUGGUGGCCUUGAGCCUGAUUACGAGGCAAAGGAGCUUUGGAAGGCUGUAGGCGUCCCGGAAGACCACAUUCUCCCCGGAAACAUGAAAGACAAUUUCUGGGAGAUGGGUGACCAAGGACCAUGUGGUCCUUGCAGUGAAGUCCAUUAUGACAGGCUUGGUGGCCGUAACGCGGCCUAUUUAGUCAACCAAGAUGACCCCAACGUUCUAGAAAUUUGGAACAACGUCUUUAUUCAAUACAAUCGUGAGGCUGAUCGGUCUUUGCGGCCUUUGCCUAACAAGCACGUUGAUACUGGAAUGGGAUUUGAAAGGUUGGUUUCAAUCUUGCAGGACAAGUCGUCAAAUUACGACACCGAUGUCUUCACACCGAUAUUCCGGACUAUCCAAAAUGUGACAGGAGCUAGGGAAUACCGUGGAUGUUUUGGUAUUGAGGACGCUGAUGGCAUUGACACUGCUUAUCGUGUCAUUGCGGACCAUGUUCGGACACUAAUGUUUGCUAUUUCGGACGGUGCUGUGCCCAAUAACGACGGGCGUGGUUAUGUUGUUCGUCGUGUUCUGCGUAGGGGUGCUCGUUAUGCCAGAAAGUACUUCCAGGUUGAGAUUGGCAACUUCUUCUCGAAGAUAGUCCCCACGGUUGUUGAUCAACUUGGCGAUAUGUUUCCGGAGUUGAGAAAAAAGCAGCUCGAUGUGAUGGAAAUUCUUGACGAGGAAGAAAUGUCAUUUUCGAAGACAUUGGAUCGCGGUGAGAGGCAGUUCGAACACUAUGCUCAGCAGGCGAAGACAAAGGGAGAUGAUAAACUCCAUGGUGCCGACGUUUGGAGACUGUAUGACACUUUUGGUUUCCCUGUCGACCUCACACGCAUCAUGGCAGAGGAACGCGAACUUCGUAUUGAUGACCGCGAGUUUGAGGAGGCGCGUUUACGGGCCAAGGAAGCAAGCAAGGGUCAAAAAAAGUCUGCUGCGGAGACAGUCAAGCUGGAUGUUCAUGACCUGGGGAGGUUAGAAGCCAUGGCUGAUGUUCUCAAGACUGAUGAUACUGCCAAGUUCGGAAAGGGCAAUAUUAAUGCACAGGUCAAGGCCAUAUACAAGGGCAAAGCAUUCUUUUCGUCCACAAACGAGGUUCCUGAAGGCGAGCAACUAGGAAUUAUACUCGACCGAACAAACUUCUACGCCGAACAGGGUGGGCAGGAGAAUGACACCGGCAGAAUUGUCAUUGAUGGACUAGCAGAGCUCGAGGUUGACAAUGUUCAGCUUUAUGCUGGUUAUGUCCUACACACCGGGUUUAUGAAGUACGGAUCUUUGGCAGUUGGUGACACUGUCAUCUGCGAAUACGAUGAGCUUCGGCGGUGGCCGAUUAGGAAUAACCACACAGGAACCCACAUUCUAAAUUUCGCGCUCAAGUCAGUCCUCGGAGAAGGGGUGGAACAGAAGGGCUCUCUCGUCGCGGCUGAAAAACUUCGAUUCGAUUUCUCUCACAAAUCUGCUAUCUCAGAUGGUGAUUUGGCCCGCAUUGAGGAAAUAUCGACAGAGUACAUUCGACAGAACUGCGCUGUGUACUCCGAGGAGAUUCCUCUUACCACUGCUCGAGAAAUCUCCGGAGUCCGGGCUGUUUUUGGGGAGACCUACCCUGACCCAGUGCGUGUCGUCUCUGUUGGUGUGGAGCUCAGCGAAAUAUUGGGAAAUGUGAAAGACCCUCGCUGGAAAGAGGUCAGCAUUGAGUUCUGUGGUGGCACUCACGUCCAGAAAACUGGAGAUAUUAAGGAUCUCGUCAUACUGGAAGAGAGUGGCAUUGCAAAGGGAAUUCGCAGAAUCAUUGCUGUCACUGGAGAAGAUGCCCAUGGAGUGCAACGUCUAGCAGGAGAGUUUGAGAAACGGCUAAAUCGUCUAGAAGCAUUGCCUUUAGGACUGGAAAAAGAGAAGGAAGCAAAGCAGAUUCAAGUUGAACUCAACCAGCUUUCGAUCUCCGCGGUUCAGAAGUCGAACUUCCGCGAACGCUUCGCCCGUAUCAAUAAGGAGGUUAUUGACGGGCAGAAGGCGCAGCAAAAGCUUGAGUCGAAGGUUGCCCUCGAGACUAUAAUUAACUACUUCCAAGAGUCAGAGGAUCAAGAUAGACCCUGGCUCGUUGCUAAACUCCCAAUUUCUGCGAAUUCAAAGGCCAUCAGUGAAUCCCUCAAUUACGUCAAGUCAAAGUUGCCGGACAAAUCCGUAUACGUUUUGGCCGCAAGUCCCGAGCAGGGUCGUGUUGCCCAUGGCUGUUAUGUCGCAAAUUCUCCAAGCGAACAAGGUGCAUCGGCUAGCGAAUGGGCUGCCAUAGUCUCCAGUGCUGUCGGCGGAAAGGCCGGAGGUAAAGGCUCUACUUCUGUCGGCAACGGUGUAAACCCCGAGAAAGUGGACGAAGCCAUCAUCCUGGCAUCCGAAUACCUAGCUAGGUUUAAGCUAUAGACUGCUGGUGUCUUGGGGGGGGCUCCCUUAGUUUUAUUUCCUGGUUGGGCAACACUACUCCUACGUCACAUGAUCUAAAUACCACUAAAAACACAUCUUGCUUUUCGACUGAUCGAUUCAUUGGUUAUUUCCCCUUUCUGAAUUGUUUUGGGGGAGUGGAGAUAAUUCUCAAUUUUUCAUGACAAAUUCAUUCUUAUCACAUUUCCCCACAUUGUAUAAUCACGACGUCUUGGUUGGGCUUAUCCCUAGUUGUUCGAGUAUUCUCAAUCAUCUUCACGAUGUCCAUGCCCUGUACUACUUGGCCAAAAACCACAUGCUUCCCGUUUAGAAACGGGGUUGGCGUUGUUGUAAUGAAGAAUUGGCUACCAUUUGUGUUUGGAC